AUGGGAGACAAUAUACCUGGAGGAAUAGUAGCUGCUGCAAAGAACCGUCUGCAGGUGGUGAAGGGCUUGGAGGAUGUGGAGGUGUCUGAGUGCGAGAGCUGCUCCUUUGAAGUGACCCUCAACCUGGCCUAUAUCGAGGGUCUGUGGACCAGAGAUGGGAUGCAACUUAAGUCUAAACCCAACUGUCGCAUCAGCACACACGGGAAGAAACACUCCCUGAUACUAAACAGGGUGGCUUUGGGAGACACGGGCCUGUUCUCCUUUCAGGCCAACGGCAUUCAGACUUCAGGCAGACUCAGUGUCAGAGCGAGGGACAUCCACAUAGUAAAGGAGCUGGAGGAUGUUGACACGAUGGAACGUCAACAUGUGAACUUCCUGUGUGAGGUUAACCUGGUGGAUUUGGAUGGUCGGUGGUACAGAGAUGACUGCCGGAUUCGACCUGGAGACAACAUCAAGAUCAGACACCAGGGUAAAACUCACGCCCUGAUAUUCAAGUCUGUCAGGCCAGAGCAUGCUGGAGAGAUCAGAUUCACCGCAGAGCGUGUCUCAUCCUAUGCAACUCUCACAGUAACAGAGCUUCCCGUCCAAAUAGUGCGGCCUCUGAGGGUCAAGAUCGCCAUGUAUCACCACCGUGGUCUACUGGAGUGCCAGGUGUCACGACCCAAUGCGCAGGUCAGGUGGUACAAAAACAGGAGGGAGCUGCUGCCCAGUAAGAAGUACCAACUGAUCAGCCAAGACAUCUACAGGCAGCUCACCAUCGAUGACGUUUGCUCUUCAGAUGAGGAUACUUACACCUGUGAUGCAGGAGAUGACAACACCUCUUGUCAGCUUCUGGUGGAGGAGCAGGCGAUCAGCAUAGUGCGGGGGAUGAGCUCAGUGGAGGUGGUGGAGCCGGAGCCAGCACUGUUCCAGGUGGAGACCAGCCUGAAAUCCGGGAGGCCUCCCCGGUGGACGCUGAACGGUGAGGUGUUGGAGCCUUGUGCCGCAGUGAACAUCGACAGGGAAGGCACCCUCCACAGCCUCUGUCUCACCUCCACAGAAAGCACCAUGUCUGGCCCUGUGGUCUUUGUAGCUGGCAAGAGUCGCUCCACUGCUCAGCUUACUGUCAAAGAGCGACCUCUUCAAGUUGCACGCCACUUGGACGAUGUAGAGGCGAAGGAGAACAGCUCUGUGACUCUGAGCUGUGCGUUUGCACCCUCUCCCAGGCUGGUGCGGUGGUUUAAAGGUCGUACGGCUCUGAAGACCUCAAACAAAUACAGCAUGAAGAGAGAAGGGAAACGAGCACAGCUGACUAUUCAUGGCCUGACAGGGAUGGAUGCAGGACAGUACCGCUGCAUGGCCGGGGGCUCUCAGAGCACAGCAUAUGUUAAGGUAGAAGUGCGAACGCUGAAGCUGGUGAAACACCUUGAGCCAGUGGAAAUCGAGGAGGAUGGCAUCGCUAGAUUCUCAUGCGAGCUCAACUAUGUGGUCGCCAAUGUUGAGUGGCUCCUCAACAAUGUUCGCCUCUAUUGCAACGUCAUCAACAAGAUCCAACACAUGGGCACUUUGCACAGCCUCACAAUCAAGAAGCUGCGGCCACAAGAGAGCAGGAUCACCUUCAAAGCCGGCCUUCUCUCUGAGACAACCACCUUAAAGGUCAAAGAGCGCCCAGCAGUGUUCCUGAGGUCCCUGGAGGAUGCAGCAGGAGAAGAGCAAGGGGAAGUCUGCCUACAGUGUGAAAUCUCCAAAGAGACAGUGACCCCCGUUUGGAGGAAGGAUGGUAUGGUGCUGACUGCUGAUGAUAAACACGAGAUACUCCAGUUUGGGAAGUCUAUGGCAUUGAUCAUCCAUUCCCUGAGCAAGGAUGAUGCUGGACAGUACACCUGUGACCUGGGCACCAGCCAGACCAAGGCCAAAGUUAUUGUGCAUGACUUACACAUCACUAUUGUUCAACGUAUAAAGACAACAUCUGUCCUGGAAGGCGAAAGCUGCACUUUUGAUUGUCAACUCUCUCAUGAUCUCAAUGACGAGCCUUCCUGGACCAUCAAUGGCCAGGUGGUGGUCACCAACAGCCAUACCCAGGUUAUCAAUAACGGGCGCAACUAUAAGAUGACUAUUAGUGAUGCUAUACUGACUGAUGCCGGAGAUGUGGUCUUCACAAUUAAAGACCUGAGCUGUAGGACUAUGCUCUUUGUUAAAGAGAAGCCAGUGCACAUCUUCAGGGAGCUGUUGAAUGUCAAGGCAGUGCCAGGCGAAGAUGCAGAGCUGAGUUGCGAGAUCACUAAACCAGAAGUCACCAUCCGUUGGCUAAGAAAUGGCUAUUUAAUAAGGCAGAGCCCCAAAUAUGAGAUGAGUGUGGAGAAAAAUCUGGCACGAUUGGUGAUUAAGAACGCCACCAUCAAAGACUCUGGAGAGUACUGCUGUGAGGCUGAAGGUGUUGCCUCAAGGGCCAAGCUGGAGAUCAGAGAACUCCAGCACACAUUUGCAAGAGAGUUAAGAGACACACGGGCAGAGGAAAAGGGUAAAGUGACCCUGGAAUGUGAGACCAGGCGGACGGCCAAACGGGUGACCUGGCUGAGGGGCAUGGUGGAGCUGAGGUCUGGUAGGAAGUACGUCAUCAGGCAGAAGGGCGUGGUGCUGUCCCUGACCAUCACCGGUCUGGAGAAAUCGGACACGGAUGUUUACACAUGUGAUGUCGGUACCAUGCAGAGCCGGGCACAGCUUACCGUGCAGGGUCAGAAGGUGUUGAUCCUGGAUGAAUUAGAGGAUGUUGAAUGUCUUGAGGGCGACACGGUCACAUUCAGGUGUCGAAUUUGUCCCAGUGACUUCAUCGGGGUCAAGUGGUAUCUGGAUGAGACUCUGCUGUACACCAAUGAGCUCAAUGAGAUCCAGAUGGUCCCGGGAGGCUACCACACCCUCACAUUUAGACAGCUUGCCCGCAAAGAUACCGGCACUAUCUCUUUUGCAGCGGGGGACAAAAGAUCCUAUGCCUCACUGUUGGUUCGAGAGAGGCGUCCCACCAUCAUUAAAGCACUCGAAGACUGCGAGGCUAUCGAAGGAGGUGCUUUAGUUUUGUCUUGUGUGACAUCCAAGCCGUGUCACAUCCUGUGGUACAAAGAUGGCUGCCUGAUGUGGAACUCCUCAAGGUAUUCUGCUAAUCGUUCUGGCUGUGAGGCCUGGCUGAUGAUCCGGGAGGUCUGCAACAAUGAUGCUGGAGCAUAUGAAUGCAGUGCUGGAUCUGUUACAACUAGGGCUGUAGUAACUGUUAAAGCUAUCCCAGCAGAGUUCACACAGUCUCUGCAGAAUGUGGAGGCCAAAGAGGGAGAGACCGUGACCCUGACCUGUGAAUACUCUCUGCCUGGGGUCCACUACCACUGGAAGAGAGGUUUUGACAGUAUCAGGCCUGGAGACCGGUACCUGAUGAAACAGAGGAAGACAGUCAAUACCCUGACCAUCAAAGCCCUGAAGCCUGAGGACUCAGGAGAAUAUUCCUGUCAGUGCAGAGAUCACCGCACGACAGCAAACCUCAAAGUACAAGCUAUUCCCAUUACAUUCGUACAGCAGUUAAAGAACAUGCAAGCAGAGGAGGGAAUCAAUGUCCUGCUGCGCUGUGAGCUGUCCAAACCUGGAAUUCCAGUAGAAUGGAGAAAGGGAGAUGAGCUGUUGAGAAAUGGAGUAAAACAUCAGAUCAGGAAGCGGGAGACCUCCCUGGAGCUUCUGAUAUGGAAACCUGUCCCUGACGACAGCGGGGUCUACAGCUGUGUGUGCGCUGAUCAGAUGACAUCUGCCACUGUCAAAAUCACUGCUCUUCCAGUCACCUUUAAGCAGAAGCUGAGGAAUGUGCUGAUUGAGGAGGGCAACACUGCAGCUUUACGCUGUGAGCUGUCGAAGCCUGGUCACACUGUGGAGUGGAGGAAGAGCGGGAAUGAUGUCAUCAGGGCUGGAGAGAAAUAUCACAUGCGGCAGAGAGACUUGCUGAUUGAACUGAGGAUCUUUGACGUCACACCUGAGGACAGCGACAUUUACACAUGCAUCUGUGGGAACAUAGAGAGCACUGCAACUCUGACUGUUAACGCUCUUCCUGUCACCUUCAAGCAAAAACUGAAGAACCUCCAAAUAGCGGAGGGACAAAACAUCACACUGUAUUGUGAAAUCUCCAAACCGGGUGUCCGAGUGGAGUGGAGGCUCGGGGGAGAUCUGCUGGAGAAUGGAGAGAAGUACCAGAUUAGACAGAGGGACUCGGCCCUGGAGUUGAUCAUCAGAGACGCUGAACCUGAGGACAGCGGGCUCUACACAUCUGUUCCUGCCACAUUUAAAGUGAGUCUGAAGAGCCAGGAGGCUGAAGAAGGGAGCAGUGUGACAUUACACUGUGAGCUGUCAAAGAAGGGAGUCCCGGUGCAGUGGCAGAGAGAGAAGCAGGUGCUGUCGGAGGAGAUGUAUCGAGGAAAGUAUGAGAUGAAGCAAGAAGGAAAGACGGUUCAGAUGACCAUUUUCAACGUUCAACCAGAAGAUUUCGGGAAGUACAGCUGCAUCACAGGAAAUGAGAAAACCACUGCUGAAGUCAAAGUGAAACCACUUCCCGUAACAUUCAAACGAGAGAUCCAGCGCCUGCUGGUGAAGGAAGGGGACAGUGGAGUUUUCUGCUGCGAGCUCUCCAAACCUGGAGCUGCAGUGGAGUGGAGGAAAGGCCGUUCGAUUCUGAAGCCUGGAGACAAAUACGAGAUGAAGCAGGAGGGACCUUUCACCAAACUGGUCAUCAACAACGUAGAGGAGAGCGAUGCUGGCAAAUAUGUCUGCAAGACUAAAGACCGCCAAUCAACCGCUGAGCUCAUCGUCCAAGAUCUACCACCGAGUUUUAAGAUGCCACUAGUCAACCAGGAGGCGAUGGAGGGCAACAGUGUGGUUCUGCGCUGUGAGCUCAACAAACCUGCAGCUUCAGUGGAGUGGAGGAGAGGAGGAGAGCUGCUGAGACAUGGAGACAAAUACCAGAUGAGGAAGAAGGAUCUGCAGGUGGAGAUGAAGAUUACGGACCUGAGUGUGGAGGACACUGGAGAUUAUACCUGUGUAUGUGGAGAGCAGGGUACAACCGCUAGGAUCAUUGUGAAUGAGCCGCCCAUCAAAUUCAUUCAAGAACUGAAGAAUAUUCAGGUGCAGGAGGGCAAUGGACUGACACUCUGCUGUGAGCUCUCCAAACCCGGCGCUCCAGUGCAGUGGAUGAAGGGAGACAAAGUGCUCACCAAUGGCGAGAAAUACCAGAUGAAGCAGAACGGCUCCACUUUGGAGCUCCUCAUCAGGAAAAGCCAGCCGGAGGACAGCGGCACAUACAGCUGCGUCUGUGAUGAUAUAAAAACUACGGCCACCAUCAUCAUCACUGCGAUCCCGGUAACUUUCAAGCAAAAAUUGAAGAACCAGGAAGUUGUGGAGGAGGGCAGUGUGACCCUGCGCUGUGAGCUCUCUAAAGCAGGAGUCCCAGUGGAGUGGCGGAAAGAUGCUCAGCUUGUGACGGAAGGAGAGAAAUAUCAGAUGAAGCAAGAGGGCAGGAUGGCUGAAAUGCUGAUUAGAAAUUUAACUCUCGCAGAUUUUGGGGAGUACAGCUGUUUUGUUGGCACUGUUGUGACUUCAGCUGACAUCAAAGUAAGAGCACUUCCUGUCACAUUUAAACAAGAGGUGGAGAACUUGGAGGUGAAGGAAGGGGACAGUGGAGUUUUCUGCUGUGAGCUCUCCAAACCUGGAGCUCCUGUGGAGUGGAGGAAAGGCAGAGUCGUCCUCAAAGCUGGAUACAAGUAUGAGAUGAAACAGGAGGGACGUCUCACCAAACUGAUCAUCAACAACAUGGAGGAGAGUGAUAGUGGGAAAUACACCUGCAAGACUAAAGACACACAAUCAACUGCUGAGCUCACAGUGAAAGCUCCUCCCAUUACAUUCAAGACAAAGUUAAAGAACCAGCAGGUGGAGGAGGAGAACAGCGUGACAUUGAACUGUGAGCUGUCUAAGCCCGGUCUUGCUGUGGAGUGGAAGAAAGGACCAGAGCUGCUGAAGAAUAAUUUUAAGUAUCAGAUCAAAAAUCGAAACAGCAGCAUGGAGUUGGUUAUCAAAAAUGCACAGCUGGAGGACAGCGGACUUUAUAGCUGCGUCUACGGUGACGUCAAGACCACAGCCAACAUCACCAUUACACCGAUCCCUCUCACCUUUAAAAUGGGUCUGAAGAACCAGGAGGCCCCUGAAGGAGGCAACGUGACCCUUCGCUGUGAGCUGUCCAGGGCCGGGCUGCCUGUGCAGUGGUGGAAGGCGGAGGACCAGCUCUGCCACGGGGGAAGAUUUCAGAUGAUGCUGAAGGGGAAGACAGCCGAGAUGCACAUCAGAAACGUCCAGCCUGAGGAUGUUGGGGAGUACAGCUGCGUACUGGGAGAGCAGAAGACAACAGCUGAGGUCAACGUGAGAGCGGCAGCAUCAGUGUUCUUUGAGAAGGAACUGGAGAACCAAGCAGUGAUGGAGGGGAAAUCUGUGCUGCUGUCCUGUGAAGUUUCCAGUGCUAAUGUCCCUGUCACUUGGAAGAAGGACAACAUUGUGGUGGAAGAAGGAGGGCGUUGCAUUUUAAAGAAAAAAGGCCCAACGCACAUGUUGGAGAUAAAAAAACUGCAUGCAGAUGAUGCUGGAGAGUACUGCUGUAUCUCCAGAGGCAAGAAGACCAUAGCCAAGCUGGUUGUGAGGGAGCGCGUGCGGAUCGUUUCAGAGCUGCAAGGUAUAACGGUGACAGCGGGCGAGGAUGCAGAGUUUGAAUGUGAGCUGAGCCACGCAGAUGUGAGUGAGGGUGUGUGGUGGCUUGGGUCUAGCCCCCUGCAGAAGAACGAGAUGAACCAGAUGACGUGCCAGGGUCGACGACAGAGACUGGUCCUCACCAUGACCACACCUGACGAGACGGGCAUCGUGGCAUUUGUGGUCGGGGAGGAGAGGACCUCUGCUCGUCUGCUAGUUGUUCAAAAGGCCAAAGUUUUAUUUGAGGAGAAGCCUAAAGACGUUGUGAUCUUGGAAGGAGAGACAGCCACUUUGUCCUGCACAAUCUCUGAUUUUACCUCCUCGGUUACCUGGAAGCGCAACCACAUCCCCCUCCAAAAUGGUGAUAAAUAUGAGCUACGUAAGGAGGGAAAAGUCAACCUCUUGGUUAUCCGGGACGUGGAUCCUCUGGAUACUGGCACAUACUGCUGUGAUACAGGAGAUGUGCAGAGCAGUGCCAAGCUUACUGUAACAGAGCUCCCUCCAUUUUUCCAAGAAGAAUUGCAGAGUGUGGAAGUUGAGGAGGGAGGUUCAGCCUCUCUGUACUGUGAGCUGUCUAAACUUGGAGUGCCAAUUCAAUGGAAGAAGAACAGGCUGCCGCUUAAAGCCAGCAGAAAGUGCGAGAUCAGGCAGGACGGCUGCCUUCUCCAGCUUCACAUCAAGGAGCUCAAACUUGAAGACAGUGGCAGCUACUCGUGUCAGGCAGGAAGUGCAGAAACCACUGCCAUUGUGACAGUGAAAGAGCUCCCUCCAUUCUUCAAGAAAGAAUUAAGGAGUGUUGAGGUAGAGGAGGGAGGUACAGCCUCCCUGUGCUGUGAGCUGUCUAAACCUGGAGUUUCGGUGCAGUGGAAGAAGAACCGGCUGCCGCUGAGAGCCAGCAGGAAGUACAAGAUGAAACAAGAUGGCUGCCUCUUCCAGCUCCACAUCAGUGAGCUCCAACCUGAAGACAAGGGCAGCUACACAUGUCAAGCAGGAAAUGAAGAGACCACUGCUACUGUGACAGUGAAAGGUCUUCCACCAUUUUUCAAAGAAGAAUUGCAGAACCUGAGAGCUGAUGAGGGAAGUUCAGCAUCCCUGUGUUGUGAGCUGUCUAAACCUGGAGUCUCAGUGCAGUGGAAGAAGAACAGGCUUCCUUUAAGAGCCAGCAGGAAGUAUGAGAUGAAACAGGAUGGCUGCUUCGUCCAAUUGCACAUCAAUGAGCUCCAGCCCGAAGACAGUGGCAGCUAUACAUGUCAAGCAGGAACUGCAGAGACCACUGCUACUGUAUCAGUAAAAGAACUCCCACCAUUUUUCAAAGAAGAAUUGCAGAACGUGAAGGCUGAAGAGGGAAGUUCAGCCUCCCUGUGCUGUGAGCUGUCUAAACCUGGAGUCUCAGUGCAGUGGAAGAAGAACAGGCUUCCAUUGAGAGCCAGCAGGAAGUAUGAGAUGAAGCAGGACGGCUGUGUCCUCCAGCUGCACAUCAACGAGCUCCAGCCUGAGGACAGCGGCAGCUACUCAUGUCAAGCAGGAAAUGCAGAAACCACUGCUACUGUGAGAGUAAAAGAACUCCCACCAUUCUUCAAGGAAGACUUAGAAAGUGUGGAGGCUGAAGAGGGAGACACAGCCUCCUUAUACUGUGAGGUAUCUAAGCCUGGAGUGUCAGUACAAUGGAAGAAGAACAAGCUGCCUCUGAGAGCCAGCAGGAAGUAUGAAAUAAAGCAAGAUGACUGCCUCCUCCAGCUGCACAUCAAAGAUCUCAAACCUGAAGACAGUGGCACUUACACAUGUGAAGCGGGAAGUGCAGAGACCACUGCUACUGUAUCAGUGAAAGAGCUCCCACUAUUCUUCAAGGAAGACUUAGAGAGUUUGGAGGUAGAGGAGGGAGUACAGUGGAAGAGGAACAGGCUGCCACUGAGAGCCAGCAGGAAGUACGAGAUGAAGCAGGACGGCUGCAUCUUCCAGCUUCACAUCAAGGACCUCAAACCCGAGGACAGCGGCAGCUAUACAUGUCAAGCAGGAAGUGCAGAGACUACUGCUACUGUGACAGUGAAAGAGCUCCCUCCAUUCUUCAACAAAGAAUUACAAAGUGUGGAUGCUGAAGAAGGAGGUACAGUCUCUCUGUGCUGUGAGCUGUCUAAAGCUGGUGUAUUAAUACAAUGGAAGAAGAACCGGCUGCCGCUGAGGGCUAACAGGAAGUAUGAGAUGAAGGAGGACGGCUGCCUGCUCCAGCUGCACAUCAAGGAGCUUAAAACAGAGGAUAGUGGCAGCUACACAUGUCAUGCAGGAAGUGCAGAGACCACUGCUACUGUGAAAGUAAAAGAGGUCCCACCCUUCUUCAAGGAAGACUUACGAAGUGUUGAAGUCGAGGAGGGGGCUACAGCCUCCCUGUGCUGUGAGCUGUCUAAAGCUGGUGUAUCAGUACAGUGGAAGAAGAACAAGUUGCCAUUGAGAGCCAGCAGGAAGUACGAGAUGAAACAAGAUGGCUGUCUUAUGCAGCUACACAUCAAGGACCUCAAACCAGAGGACAGUAGCAGCUACACAUGUCAAGCAGGAAGAGUGGAGACCACUGCAACUGUCUCUGUAAAAGAGCUCCCUCCAGUCUUCAAAAAAGACUUACAAAGUGUGGAGGAAAAGGAGGGAGGUACAGCCUCUCUCAACUGUGAGCUGUCUAAACCUGGAGUGUCAGUACAAUGGAAGAAGAACAGACUGCCGCUGAGAGCUAAUAGAAAGUAUGAGAUGAAGCAAGAUGGCUGCUUCCUCCAGCUGCACAUCAAGGAGCUUAAAGCUGAAGACAGUGGCAGCUACACAUGUCAUGCAGAAGGUGCAGAGACCACUGCUACUGUGACAGUAACAGAGCUCCCUCCAUUCUUCAAGGAAGACUUACAAAGUGUGGAGGAAAAGGAGGGAGGUACAGCCUCUCUCAUCUGUGAGCUGUCUAAAGCUGGAGUUUCGGUACAAUGGAAGAAGAACAAGUUGCCGCUGAGAGCCAGCAGUAAGUAUGAGAUGAAACAAGAGGGCUGUCUUAUGCAACUGCACAUCAAGGACCUCAAGCCUGAGGAUAGUGGCAGCUACUCAUGUCAAGCAGGAAGUGCAGAGACCACUGCUGCUGUGACAGUGAAAGCACUAGAACCGACUCCACCAAAGGUAGAGCCUCCUACAAUACUGCCCCAGGCAAAGGUACCCAAACCAACUCCGACUCCAGAGAACCAGAAACCUGGACUUCAAGAGGCCAAACCUGUUCCCCCAGAGCCCAAAAAGAGAGCCCACAGGAAAGGGUCUAUUGCAAGUUUAGAAACAGAUGUAGAGCCAAUGUUUGACCUAAAACAGGGAGUCCAACCUGCAAGAUCUAUGGAGAAAGAUGUUGCUGUUGCACAGAAUGAAACACAACCAGAGAGGCCUGGACUCCAUGAGGCCAAACCUGUUCCUCCAGAACCCAAAAAGAGAGCUCACAGAAAAGCAUCUAUUGCAAGUUUAGAAACAGAUGUAGAGCCAAUGUUUGAUCCAAAACAGAGCGUCCAACCUGCAAGAUCUAUGGAGAAAGAUGUUGCUGUUGCACAGAAUGAAACACAACCAGAGAGGCCUGGACUCCAUGAGGCCAAACCUGUUCCUCCAGAACCCAAAAAGAGAGCUCAAAGGAAAGCAUCUACUGCAAGUUUAGAAACAGAUGUAGAGCCAAUGUUUGACCUGAAGCAGGGAGUCCAACCUGCAAGAUCUAUGGAGAAAGAUGUUGCUGUUGCACAGAAUGAAACGCAACCAGAGAGGCCUGGACUCCAACAGGCUAAACCUGUUCCUCCAGAACCCAAAAAGAGAGCUCAAAGGAAAGCAUCUAUUGCAAGUUUAGAAAUAGAUGUAGAUCCAAUGUUUGAUCUAAAACAGGGAGUCCAACCUGCAAAAUCUAUAGAGAAAGAUGUUGCUGUUGCACAGAAUGAAACACAACCAGAGAGGCCUGGACUCCAACAGGCUAAACCUGUUCCUCCAGAACCCAAAAAGAGAGCUCAAAGGAAAGCAUCUAUUGCAAGUUUAGAAAUAGAUGUAGAUCCAAUGUUUGACUUAAAACAGGGAGUCCAACCUGCAAGAUCUAUUGAAAAAGACUUUGAUGUUGUACAGAACAAAACAGAACUGGAGAGGCCUGGACUCCAUGAGGCCAAACAUGUUCCUCCAGAGCCCAAAAAGAGAGCUCAUAGGAAGGCAUCUAUUGCAAGUUUAGAAACAGAUGUAGAGCCAAUGUUUGACCUAAAACAGGGAGUCCAACCUGCAAGAUCUAUUGAGAAAGAUGUUGCUGUUGCACAGAAUGAAACACAGCCAGAGAGGCCUGGACUCCAAGAGGCUAAACCUGUUCCUCCAGAACCCAAAAAGAGAGCUCAAAGGAAAGCAUCUAUUGCAAGUUUAGAGACAGAUGUAGAGCCAAUGUUUGAUCCAAAACAGAGCGUCCAACCUGCAAGAUCUAUGGAGAAAGAUGUUGCUGUUGCACAGAAUGAAACACAACCAGAGAGGCCUGGACUCCAACAGGCUAAACCUGUUCCUCCAGAACCCAAAAAGAGAGCUCAAAGGAAAGCAUCUAUUGCAAGUUUAGAAUCAGAUGUAGAGCCAAUGUUUGACCUAAAACAGGGCAGAUGUAUUGAGAAAGAUGUUGCUGUUGCACAGAACAAAACACAACUGGAGAAAGACAGUGAGGCAUUCAAGAAAGUUGACAAGGCUAUGAGACAACUGGAGAAGGUUGAUGGGGUUGACAGGGAGGUGGAAGAGCCAAUUAGGCCUUUGGAAACAGAGAGUGACAUUGUCAUGGAGAAGAGACAACCAGGAAGAAAUUCAGAGAAUAUAGUCAAGGUUGACCAUAAUGCAAGUCAGACAGACAGGGUUUGGGCAGACACUGUGUUUGAACAAGAGAAAGGUGGCUUAGAACAAGAAGGAAAGCCUUCAGAGAAAACACGUGAAGGCGAGAGGAAGGAAAGCGAUAUGGGAAAAGUCCUGUGGAAGAACAGUGAGGAUGCAAAACAGGCUGUGAAACCAUUAGAAAAGAGUUUUGAAAAUAAAAUGAUGAAGGAAGAAGAAGAAAAGUCUGCUGUAAAAAAUGGCAAAGUAGAGGAAGAGGAACUAAUUAAACUAUCAGCAAGAUCUAAAGCAGAGGUAACAGGGGAGAAGGAACCACUAAAAUACGCUCCAAAGGAAACUGUGAUCAUUGUCCAAUCAGAAAAAACUGUGGAUAAGGACGCAAACACCAAACAGCCGAUCAAACAACCAGUAAAACCAAUAAGCAAAGAACCUGAACUAGAACAGGGAAUAAAAUUGGUAGUUGAGCCGAUGAGAAGAGAGGAAGAAAAACAAACAACAAAGAUGGCGAAAGACAUUCCUCUCCUCUACAUUUCUGAAGAUGAAACUUUCUCAGAGGCUUUGAGUGAGAUACCAGCAGACAACAGCAAUGUCCAGCCCCCUGCUGUUGGUGAAGGGUCAACCAAAUUUGCUACUAUUCCUCCAAUCAAUGUGCCCCAGGGAGAACAACCACCAAAUGAAGCUACACCGGAGAUUGACAUCAGCAUUGAGGAUGAACCACAAAUGCAAGAGGCUGCAGUUAAGAUCCAGGCUGCCUUCAAAGGCUAUAAAACCCGCAGAGACAUGCGUCCAGUCUUUAAAGAGGUGUUCAAGAACCAAAGUGCAGAUCUUCAUGGUACAAUGACUCUAGUUUGUGUCAUAGAAGGAAAACCCAGCGCAGCACGCUGGCUGAAAAACGGCCAACAGAUCCUGAAUGACCAGCGAUGCCGCUCUACAACUACAGAGGAGGGUGUGUGCACACUAGUGAUCAAAAACCUAACGAGCCUUGACAGUGGGAUCUAUACCUGUGAGGCGGUGAAUAAAUUUGGUAUGACCUCGUACAAUGGAAACAUAACAGUAGUACAGCCUCAGAAGCCUGCUCCAAUAGUCCAGAAGCCUGUACACCCACCACUAGCAGCUAUAACUCCUCUGCAACUCGCCAAAACACAGAUCCAGGAUCUGCCUCGAACCCAGACACCCACAUCAGCUACAGAUGCUGCAAACUAUGUAGAAAAUGUGAGUGUCUCUCUGUGGGAGGCCUACAACCUAACGGAGCAGGACACGCAGAUGAGCCGACAAGAGAGGAGAGGAUCUUCAGUCAUUGCCAGCUCCAUGUCAAGUCCCUCAGAUUAUGACACAGCUCCGGAUAUGAUCGAACCUGUUGAGACCGGCCCAGCUGUACCAAGGGAAGUGACAAAAAAAGUGGACCAAAUGCCUCCAAAAGAGGAUCAAGAAGAAGAGAUGGCUCCUGCACAACCUGCUAUGAAGCUGCUGAAGGUCAAAGGGGCCCAUGAAGGUAGAAUGAGGACCCCAUCUCCUAAACACCACCGUGCUCACACACCCUUAACUAGUACCGUCUCUGGAUCAGAGUCAGAAGGGGAAGAGGAUAGACGAGAGACAUUUGAAAUGUACGUGGCUCGAGCUGAUUGCAGUCCAGACGGCGGUAACAAGGAGAGUUUUGUUCUGAAGGAGGGGCAGUUUGUGGAGGUCCUGGACUCUGUUCAUCCUGACAGGUGGCUGGUGAGGACCAAACCCACCAAAACCAACCCUGCUCGACAGGGAUGGGUGUGUCCAGCUUACCUGGAGAAAAAGAGGAAGGUAGGGUAUACAAGUCCAACAACACCUCAAGAGGAUCUUGAUGGCAUUGGGUCUACAGGAGAAGAGUACAGGAGAGCUUUGAGUCAACUGAUCCAAGGCCUGAUUGAUGGAGAGGAGGAGUUUGUAAAAGAGAUGAAGAUGUUCACUUCGCACCAGCUAAAUUAUUUGGAGUCUAGCCACCACGUACCCAUAAACAUCCUCAACCAGAAAGAGAUCAUUUUCAGGAAUAUCAAGGACAUUGUGUUUCUGCAUGAGAGGUCCAUCCUUCCCGGGCUGAGAGAGUGUGCCACAGACGACGAUGUGGCCAUGCAUCUGCUCAGGCACUCUGAGGACUUUGAGAAGUAUCUUCACUACAUGGUCGGACAAGCACAAGCAGAGGCCUGCGUCACUGACAAGGCUGUCCAACAGUAUUUUAAGAAAUAUUAUUACAUAGCUCUAAUAUUACCAGAUUCUGGUCAGGCUGAGGCUCCCGCCAUGGAUGUUCUUACCUUCCUCCAGAGACCAGUGGAGAGGAUCCAAACUUACCAGGCUUUACUGAAGGAGCUGAUCAAGAACAAAGCCAAAAGUGGCCAGAGCUGCUGUCUUUUGGAGGACACCUUCUCCAUGGUGUCCUGUCUACCCUGGAGGUCAGACAACCUGCACCAGGUGUCCCUCAUCGAGAACUACCCAGCUCCUCUGAUCGCCCUGGGCGAGCCUGUGCAACAGGGAGUUUUUACAGUGUGGGAGGAAUCUCCAGAAAUUAAGACGGCCUCUAGAGGGCAUCAGAGACAAGUGUUUCUCUUCAAGGAAUGUAUUGUACUGUGUAAACUGAAAAGAGACACCAGUAUGAACACUGACACCUACACCUUUAAGAACAAAAUGAAGCUCAACGAUGUGGAAAUAAAGGAGACUCUGGGUGGAGAUGAAAAGUCUUGGGGGUUGUGGCAUGAGCACAGAGGCUCGGUGCGGAGGUACACACUGCAGGGCCGCUCCACCCUGGUGAAGCUCUCCUGGCUCAAGGACCUGAAGGAGCUACAGCAACGUUCCAGCCUGCCCACUAACAGCCCACCGGUGUUUGAGUCACUGUUGUCUGACUGCACAACCAAGAUAGGAGAGACAAUCAAACUGACCUGUAAGGUCACAGGAUCCCCAAAACCAGUGGUCAGCUGGCUCAAAGAUGGCCUUCCUUUAGAGGACGACCCCCGUCACAUCAUCACAGCAGACCGGUCAGGAACCUGCAGUCUCAUCCUGGACAGCCUCACUGCAGAGGACUCUGGACAGUAUGCCUGCUAUGCUACCAGUUCCAUGGGCAGUGCUGGUACUCUGGCUAAGGUUGUGGUGCGCGCUCCACCCAGAUUUGUGAGUCGGCUGGAGAGUGCUUGUCUGAUCGAAGGAGAGGAUAUACAGUUCACCUGCUCCACACUUACAACGCCUUUACCACGAAUCAGGUGGUUAAAAGAUGGCAGAGAGUUGACCAACCAGCAGAAAUACUUCAUCCUGAAUGACGCUCGGAGUGGAAUCUUGUGUCUGACGGUCAUCAGUGCAACGGAGGCUGAUAUCGGACAGUAUGAGUGUGAGCUUUGCAAUGAGUUCGGCUGCAUCAAGUGCAAAGCAGGUCUGUGUCCCGCUUAUGUGCCACCCAUCGACAUCGAGGACGACCAACCGCAGGAUUUACCUCCUAAAGGUAGGACAGCCAGGGCCACUCAAGGUAAAUAUCCUCCACACAGGAUGGAAACCCACAGCAGGGUUUCCAUGUGGACGCUCCACACUUUCACCAGCUCAGCUGUGUUUGAGAAGGGAUACGCAGACUCAGAGGGCUGGUCCACUGCCUUUGUAAAGAAAUGGCUACAGACUGACUUCAGCCCCACCUCCAUUGCGAAGAUGCUCUUCCCUCCUGAACAAGCUGAAUGUAGCACUGAAGAGACUGCUCCUGCCUCGACAUCCAUGGAUCAGGUGGUGCAGCAGCCUCCAUGUUACCUGGAGGAAGAAGAAGAGAUCUACAUUUCAGAGCAAAUGCAAGAAAUUACAGAUGCUCCUCCCUCCAUCCAGGUACCCACUGAGGACCUCUGUGUAGAGCCCGGCCAGGCGGCUACAUUCACUGCCAUUAUCACAGGAAGACCUACUCCCAUUAUACAGUGGUACAAGGAUGGAGAGGAGCUUUCAGCCAACGAGAACGUGCAAAUCGUACAGCAUGGUGCCCGCUGCUCAGUGACCAUAGUGUGCCCCGAGGGCGAGGACAGUGGCAUAUAUACCUGCUUGGCUUACAAUGAGUCUAGCCAUGUGUCAUGCCAAGCGGAGCUGAUAGUGGAGGAAGGUCCACUGGAGUGUCAGGAGAGAGAGGUGGAGCUCGGGAAGAGAAGGAAGUUGUUUUCUGUCUAUGAUGUCCAUGAGGAAAUUGGAAGGGGAACCUUUGGGGUAGUAAAGCGUGUAGUCCAUAGACGAACAGGUGAAGUGUUUGCAGCCAAGUUCCUGCCUCUGCGGAGCAGCACUCGGACCAGGGCCUUCCAGGAGAGGGACCUGCUCUCCCGUCUGGCUCACCCCAGAGUGGCCUGUCUGCUGGACUUCUUUUGUACCAGACGCACUCUGGUGCUGAUCACAGAAAUCUGCUGUUCUCAUGGACUUCUGGACCAUUUAUUCCUGAAAGGGUUGGUCACAGAGAAAGAGAUUCAGUCAUAUAUCCAGCAAAUCCUCGAAGCAGUUGGUCACAUUCACAGCAUGAACAUUUUGCACCUGGACAUCAAACCUGAUAAUAUCCUGAUGGUGUAUCCGCCCAGAGAUGAGAUCAAGAUCUGUGACUUUGGCUUCUGCCAAGAAAUAGACUCAUCCCGACAUCAGUACAGCAUGGUUGGUACACCAGAGUUUGUUGCGCCUGAGAUUGUUCACCUAGAACCAGUCACUGUGGCCACUGAUAUUUGGUCUGUAGGUGUUAUAGCCUACAUAUGUCUGGUGUGCCGAUGCCCUUUUACCGGUGAGACGGACCGUGCUACUCUGCUGAGGGUGGGGGAGGGGACCCUGAACUGGGACGCCCCUGAUGUCACAUACAGGAGCCCUGAGGCGCAGAACUUUCUCCACAUGCUUCUUCAGCCAGACCCAGAGAAGCGACCAUCUGCCUUUGAGUGCUUGAGCCACGAAUGGCUCCAGGACGAACAUGCAGGAGAAGAUACAGAUGAAAUCAACACAAAGACUCUGAAAAUCUACAUCUCGAAAAGGAAAUGGCAGCGUUCUUUGACUUGCAUCGGAUCAGUUCUCACGUUGAGGCACAUCCCCGAGCUGCUGGACGCUCCUCUCAGAGAGACGGCGGUGACAGUGCCCCGUGAGCCCCAGGAGCACAGCAGCACCUCUCCAAGCAGCGGCUCCUCGUCUGAGUACGAUGAAGCUGACUCUUGGGACUUUUUCCAGCACUAUAGCCCGACUGAGGAGGAGGAGGAGGAAGAGGAUGAGGACUAUGAUCCUUUAACGGAGAGAGCACAGAUCCCUCGGCCUUUCACCAAACUCUCUCUAGAGGCAGAAGAGGAAGAGGAGGUGACAUUAGGAGAGGAAGAGGAUGGGGAGAUGGCAGGAAGGAGGAGUGUGCUGGAGCGGAGUCAGAGCAGGCAGUCGGUCGCGUCGUCAGACGUGUCGUCACAGCCGACGCCUCAGAGGGAGCGUAGGAUCAGCAAGGACAGCAGUCAUUCUCUCUACCUGUCUGAUGGGGAUGAGGGUUCAGGGAGUGACGGGGGUCGUAUCCCUCGUGGCAGCCUCAUCCGAAGCACUUUCUACAACACCUCUCAUCAGCUGUCACCCAUGUCCGCCAGACACAUGACAUUACGGGACAAAUUCCAAGCCAAAAAACAGGAGAGAGGCCGCAAACCGCUCCGGAGAAGCUUUUCCGGUCGUCUCAACGAGCCUCUUAUCGAAUACGUGGAGGAUGAGACGGAGACCAAUCGCGGACAGAGACGGGGGUCUGUCCAGCCUACAAUGCAGAAGUCCUGUUCCUUUGAUAGUGGUGUUGGCCUCGCCCACACCAACGUACCUCCUCACAGGAGGAGCAGGUCUCUUGACGAGUCUUCUCGCCGAUCGCCCUCAAAGUCAGGUGAAGAAGAAGGCUCGCAAAGUCUGAAGGAAGAUUUGACGGACGAUGAAGUGGCGGGGAGGAACUUGUUGGCUAUUCCAAGCCCUCGGCGGCCUGCAAGAAGAAGAGGCUCUGUGGCUCCAGUACAAGCGACUGGCACACCAGGGGGAUCCUCUGGGGGCUUCCUUGCUGGAGACAGAAUGAGCUCCAGGCUGGAUCAGGAGCAGGCAGCGGGCGACACCUUCGCUGGCUCCCAGGGGUCCUUGGCUGAGUCGUCUAUUUCUUCAAGUAGACUGGGCUCCUAUGAAGAGCUGAGUCACGGUCACCUCAGAGAAAGAUACAGAUCAGGAGAGAGUGAAGGGUAUGAUGAUCCAGCUGAGCCUCUGAUUUCACCGUCCCCACAAUCGUUCCAAGAGGUUAAACCCAGAAGCUCGUUUCCACAGCCACCGCCCCGUAACCGCACCCGCUCCAACCCAAACUUGUCAGGUCAGCCGGGGAGCCUACUUACAGCGAGCCCCAGUCCCAGCCUCUCUUCCCUGCAGGCUCCGGAGAGGCCUCCCAGAGCCAAGGACAAGAAGGAAGGCUGUGGCCUCCAAAGACACGCGUCCGCUCCAGCCCUCGAAGCCCGGCCACCUACAGGAAGGUCCCCCAAGCUGGGACUGCUGAAGAUCUUCCGCAGGCAGUCCUGGACCGGCCAUUCAUACUCCCAGCUGGACAACACAGAGUUAGGACCCACACUGGGAGAGAUCAUGAAGCCUGAUACUCCAACUAUGUCUCUGAGGAAGAAAAUGAGAGCUUCAGCCUCCAGCCUGACUAAGCUGUUCUCCAGGUCCUCUAGUAAGGAGGAUUUGAGUAAAGGAGGUCCAAUAGUUAAAGGAUCAGCUCCUAUCCCACCUGAAAGGCAUCGUAGCUCCGGUCUUGAGAGUUCAAAAAAGAGGACCUCCAAACUAUUGCCUUCUUUUAAAAUACCUGCAUUCAAAAAGUCUAAAGAUUUCCCCCAACGUCCCAACAAGCCUGAAGUGCUCCAGUUAGAUGGAGGUGGAAUCCUGCUGGUUUGGAAACCAGUCCAGUCCAGUGACCCUGUCACCUACUGUGUGCAGUACUGUACGGAUGGUGCGGAGUGGACGGUCCUGUCGGAGGAGGUGACUGAAAGCUGCUUCGUGGUGAAGGACCUACCCAGAGGAGCCUCUUAUGUGUUCAGGACGGGCUGCAUCACCAAGACAGGAGCAGGACCUUUCAGUGACGCCUCAGCACCUGUUGUCAUUUCUACUCAUCCUGAAGAGAUUCACAUUCCUCUCAUCCAGACUGAGUCACUGGGGUCAAAGGUCACUAAAGGACAGACGACACACAAGAACUACAGUUUCCUCUCUGAGAUCAACAGGGGUCGUUUCAGUGUAAUUACAGUGUGCAGGGAUGUUGAGACGAGCCAAGUGUUUGCUGCCAAGAUCACCCCUUACAACGCAGAGCAGAGACAGCUGGUGCUGAGGGAAUACCAGCUGCUGAAGAGGCUUCAUCACUCUCACCUGGUGCAGCUGCACGCGGCCUAUUUCACCUCCCGCUACCUGGUGUUACUUCUGGAGCUCUGUCCUGGCAAAGAGCUGCUCUACAGUCUGGCAGAUCGAGAUCUGUACGCUGAGACUCACGUUGCUGAGCUGCUGGUUCAGAUUCUGGGUGCAGUCGACUACCUUCACAGCCGCCGAGUCAUCCACCUGGACCUGAAGUCUGACAACAUGCUGGUGGAUGACUGCAACCACCUGAAGAUAGUGGACCUGGGCUCGGCUCAGUCCUUCACACCCGGUCAGCCCCUCAACAUCGAGCACAUCCAGGGCCUGUCGGAGAGCAAAGACUGCCGCAGCAAAGUUUAUAUUGUCCUUCCUAAAGCUCCGGAAAUCCUGGAGGGUCAGGGUGUCGGGCCUGAAACGGACGUUUGGGCUAUUGGAGUUCUGUCGUUCAUCAUGUUGAGUGGAGACAGCCCGUUCUAUGCAGAGCACAGCUGGGAGCAAGACAAAAACAUCAGGAAAGGGAAGAUCCAGUUUGGACGCUGUUACCCCGGUCUGUCAGAGGGAGCCUUAAACUUCAUGAAGAGCAGCCUGAAUAACAAAUCCUGGGGGAGACCCAGUGCAGCCGAGUGUCUGCAGAACCCCUGGCUGCGCGCCCAUCGUGCACCGUACAAAGGCCGACACUCCAAAGUGUGUUUCUCCACGGACAAGCUUAAAGAUUACCUCAAGCAGAAGGAGGAGAAGCGAGACCAGGUCCGCACCAAGCUUCAAGGUCCCUUUUUCCAAUAAAAAAAAAUAAAAAUAGAAUCUUCUAGUAACCAUGGAGCCUUAUAACCAGCACAUUUCAUGUCAGCUGAUAGUUUCCUGUGUGGCUCUUUUCUGUCGAGCUGGUUCCAAUCCAGAUUUUUGAAAUAAUUUUAGUAUUCUCUGAUUUUGAAAAUGUGAUGCGUCUUAAUGAGUUUAAUGAGUAU